AUGUUCCUUAUGAAUGCUUCUCCUUUGGUAGCUCUUCAGACAAAAUGGGAGUCCUUUGGGCCAGCAAGGAAUUGUAGAUAUCCUGUCUGCUUCCCUGAAUCCGACGGGGACGUCACUAGAACCUCUGUGAGUGCAGAAGUUCAGAUGAUCAUAAACAACCUGCAAAGCCAAGAGCCUGCCCUGGGUAUGAAAAAUGAGUGUGGCUGUGUUAUGCAGAAGAAACAAAAGGGAGAAGAAGACCCCAGGAACAGAGUCCCAUCCAACACCACAUUGCUGCAGAAGCAUCCUCAGUACACCAAAUGUGAGUGCCCUGAUGAUGCAGAUGACACUGAAGUGGAGGAGAAUGUGGAGUUUGGGCCUCUCCUGCUCGAUUCUGACAGCGACGACUCUGUGGACAGAGGCAUAGAGGAAGCCAUCCAGGAGUACUUGAAAGCAAAAAGCAAAAGUGACCAGUCCUUGCCAAGGAAUGCAGAGUGUUCUGAGAACGUAAGCAGAGACAAAAGGUUUAAGAGAGAGUUCUCCCAGACCAAGGUGUCCAGUAACCUCCUCCCUGUGAAAUUUAAAGCUGAGAUGCUCUCUGAGGAAUACCUGUCUGACCACCUGGGAAUUGGGAAAAGGCUCCAGCCUUCCUCCCCUCAGAGCAUCAGCAGUGAUGACUCUUUUGAGCAGAGCAUACAGGCUGAAAUAGUGCAGUUCUUAAAUGAGAAGAAGCAGCAAGAAAUCAGCAAAUGUGUAACUGGGGAGGACAAUAAAGAUUCCCCUGUGAGAUCUGUCAUGGAAUGCAAUAAAGAAGUGACAAACAGAACGAGCUGUGGUGCUAUAAAACGAGGCUGUAACACACUGCUCCUGCACCACCACCCCAAGCUGCAGGGAUCCAGCUCUCAGGCCAAGUGUUUGCAGUCAAAAAUCCAGGCAGAGCCUGGUGAUUUCAGCCAAGUGAGCCAAGCCUAUCUAGGAGUGGCCACUGCCAGCCAGCCCUGGCUAGUGGAGGAGAAUGAGGGAAGUGGAGCUCACUGCUGGGAGCCGAGGGAAGCUCUUACCAAGGAGAACACGCACGCGUCCGACUCGAGCAGUGAUGAUGGCAUUGAGGAAGCCAUUCAGCUUUACCAGCUGGAGAAAAGCAGGAAAGAGGCAGGUCAUGCAGCAGACUGUGUCCCUUUGCAGGGGGAACAAUUUGAUCCAAAGGGUAUGGCAGACAUUUCUGCAAGCCUGACAAUUAACUCCACAAAAAGUGCCUCACCAGAAAUCCAUAAAAGCAACAAGAGGAAAGAAAUGAAUUCCAAAUCAGCGGGAUUAGAAAGCACCAGCAAUGACUUUAACAAGCUGUUCAAACCACUGAAAAAAGCCAGACACUUUGCACUUCCAGAAAACAAGAUUGCUGCUUGUGAGCUCACGCUGCAGGCCUCUUGCAGAGCAGACACAUCUGCAGAACUCAUGUGUGCAGAAGCUAUCCUUGAUAUUUCCAAAACAAUCAUGCCAUCCCAAAUGGGAAGUGACAACAGAUCGCUGCCUGCAGACUCCUUCUUCUCGCAGCAGCUUCUCUCCUCCUCUCGUGGUGAAAGUGACAGCAGCCAUGUGGACAGUGAUGACAGUAUAGAGCAAGAAAUCAGGGCUUUUUUGGCUCUGAAAGCCCAGUCAGAAAACCUUGGAACAAAGCCUCCCAGUCUGUCCCACUCCAUCCAGAUGCCUUUGCCUUCUGAUCCAAGCAGCCUCACGGGUACCCUUGAGCCUUCACUUCCCAAAACACUGAAGCUCUCGCUGAGUCGCAAAAGGAGACUUAAAAGGGAAGGCAGAACAACCAAACAAGGGGCAACAAAACCACCUGAGCAGCUGGAGACAGGACUUUUCCAACCAGGUAACUAUUCCAGACUUCCUAUGCUCCAAGAGGAGUGUGCCCUGAGCAGCCCUGCAGAACACACUGAUGCUCAGAGCCUCAGUAGUAAAGAAGUGAAGCAGCAGCAGCUGAUGUGUCCCAAACUGUCUGGCUCUGAUGGCAGAUGUGUGGCCUUGGACUCUGUAAACCCUUUUCUGCAGGUUCAGAGUAGCACGAAAAAACUGAUCAAUCCCACCCAAACUCCAGAGAGGGAGGGCUCAGGGGAUGAGAGCAGUUCUCUGGACAGUGAUGAGGACCUGGACAGUGCUAUCAAGGACCUUUUACGGUCAAAAAGAAAGUUAAAGAAGAAGUCCAAGGAGCAGAAAUCUCAGUGCAAGAAGAGAGUCAGGUUCAGCGAGACAGAAACUCAGCUGCUGGAUGAAUUCAGCAGCCUCCAACAACACGAGUGGAAAUGUAAAAAUCCCACACUGCUGAAGAGCUGCCUCUCAAAACCCAGGAAAGCUGUGAGAGAGAAUGCAGUCAGGAACCCUCCAGACAGCACGAACCUCAAACUUCCCAGUGAAAAACCAGAAAGCAUGAAAAACCUGGAGUUUAACCUACAGCUUAAAAAAGGAUAUAAACCUAAAGCAGUCUCAAACCAGCAGGGGGCUAAAACCAGAAAAUCUCCUUUCCCAGCUGUGUCAGACACUGAUGACAGCAGCUCAGUGGACAGUGAUGACAGCAUUGAGCAAGAAAUUAGGAAGUUUUUGGCAGAAAAAGCUAAAGACUCUGCAAGCAGUUCAGAGAUUCAAAAAGAUGAUGCAGCUCUGGACCUGUUGAGAGUGACCAAACAAACUGCUAACAAAGGAAAAGUGAAGCAACAGCCAGUGGAAAACGAGAUGGACCUCGCGCUGGGUCAGAGUAAAAAGACUGAGGUAGCUCAGCAAGCUGAGGAGUUGAAGAACUCCCAGAGAACAGAAGGGAAAAGUGCAAUGUUACAUGGCAGUGGGAGAUGUGCUUCCUCUGCAGGGAAUGUUCAUACUACUGGUCAGUCAAAAGCUAAGCAAGGAGCAGUGUGGGUUCAGGGUCUUGGUGCUGGUGAGUUACCUGGAAGUGCAACAGGUAAAAAGAAUGUCUGUAACGCAGAGCCACCUAAACCCAGCAAAAAUGAAGGUUGUAAAGUACAAAAAGUACUGAAUGCAAAGCCUAGAGCUAAAAGAAAGAACACAUUUCACCUAAAAAUCUCCAGUAAGUUUAUUGCAGGUCUAAAAUAUGCUCGGGACAGGAAGAAAUCGAUGCUUUUGAACAAAAAGCAGAAAGCAGAGGGUUUGCUUGCCCAGAGCAGCACGUUGGGAAUAGAGGCAGCUUCCCAGGAUACAGAUGGACUUAUCCAGGGAAGAGGAGCCCCUUUGCCAAAAGGUGGAUUUAGUGGGGAGAAUACACCAGCAGUAAAAGCAUCCAGUUCUUCCCAGAAACUCCCUGUGGGAGUGUCAAGCCCCCAUGCAGCAGAGAGCUGUGAAAGAGAGGAGGCUGCUCCUGUGUGCAUCAGAGAGGAAGGUGAGGGCUGCAGAGAGGCUGAUGCUGCAGGUCAGUGCCACCCUCACUCGAGCCUCCCCUCACAGGAAUGGAGUGUGGAAGCAGAUCAGGUUUGCAGAGCAACAUCCACAGCUGAGAACACAGAGGUGUGGAUUGAGGAAGGAGGUAGCCACCAAGGCAGCUGGGCUGAUUCAGAUUUAGAUCCUCCACACCCUGAGCACAGUGUGGCAGUGGGAAAAGCAGAUAAAGUGAGCAGAGACACAGCUCAGCAGAGUGCACACGUGUGCAGUGAGGAUCUGGACAUGAGGCCAGAUCCAAGUGGAGCUUGCCCAAAGCAGGACUUAAAUGUGACAGAAGCAGCAGUGGAUAAAAUUAGUGGAGGAGCAUGUUCAGAUAACAGUGUGCAGAUGUGCAUUAAGGAAGAAAGAGUUGACAGGCAGGAAGAAAUGCAGGUCUCCAGCUCCAAUUUGGAAGGAAAAACACCUGUCCUACAGAAUAGGGAAAAUGCUAGUGAAGUGCACCAAGAGCAGGAAGUUUUAGCCAAAACCUGUGCAAAACUUAGUGACCUCCCUGCAGAUUCCCUCAUGGAAAAUAAGGUUUCAAAUAUGAGAAGAAAAGGAAAGGGAAGGUGUAAGAAGCUCAAGGUAUUGGCUAGAGUCUAA